CCUCACGGCUGGCCCCCCGGCAUGCCCCGCCCCCGGCCGCGGCUGCCCGAGCGGGCGACUGACCCUCGGCAGCUCCUGUAGUCACGUGGCGCUGGGAACCCGGCGGGGGGGAGGUUGGGGACGGGCCUGGCAGUUGUGAACUCGAACCUGCGGCUGUCGCCGUGCCGGGGUUGGGGAGUGGGCCGUGCAGGCCGGCCUGCGGGUUCCAUGGACGCGCGCUGCGGCCGUGCACAGCCCGCCGGAGAGGUAAGGCUGACCUCUCAGCAGCCGGAGGUCUGAGCUCUGCCAUGGGCGUAGGGGUGUCUCUACUGCUGCAGUUGUGUCUGACAUCUGGGGGCUCCCAGAGCUUGGGCCGAAGCCGGCGCUGCAGCCGCGGAAGCGUCCCCAGGAAGAGCUGGCCGAAGCCUUCUCUCCAGCCCAGCGGCCUCCAGGCAGAGGAAGCACCCAUGCUGGAGCAUCGCUGUAGGGGCCCCCUGGCCACUGGCCCAGCCCAGCCCGGGCUCGUUUCCAGGACCCCCCAGGAGCCACCCCAGAACCUGGAGAAGGAGUCCCGCAGACUGAAGCAACAAGGCCCCUCGGUGGUCCAGUCUCCUGGCCCAACCCCAGGCAGGGCCCAUCGCUGCGCUCACUGUCGAAGGCACUUUGCAGGCUGGGUGGCCCUGUGGCUUCACACCCGCAGGUGCCAGGCCCGGCUCCCCCUGCCCUGCCCCGAAUGUGGGCGGCGCUUCCGCCACGCCCCAUUCUUAGCCUUGCAUCGGCAGGUCCAUGCUGCUGCCACGCCACACUUGGGCUUCGCCUGCCACCUCUGUGGGCAGAGCUUCCCUGGCUGGGUAGCCCUGGUUCUGCAUCUGCGGGCGCACGCAGCUGCCAAGAGGCCUUUCGCUUGUCUGGAAUGCGAGAGACGUUUCUGGAGACGAAAGCAGCUUCGAGCCCACGUACAGCGAUGUCACCCACCUGCCCCUGAGGUCCGACCCUUCAUAUGCGGCAACUGUGGCCGGAGCUUUGCCCAGUGGGAUCAGCUAGUCGCUCACAAGCGCGUGCACGUAGCCGAGGCCCUGGAGGAGGCAGCAGCCAAGGCUCUGGGGCCCCGGCCCAGGGGCCGCCCUGCGGUGACCGCCCCCAGACCCGGUGGGGACGCAGUAGACCGCCCCUUCCAGUGUGCGUGCUGCGGCAAGCGCUUUCGCCACAAGCCCAACCUGAUCGCCCACCGCCGCGUGCACACGGGCGAGCGUCCUCACCAGUGCCCAGAAUGCGGGAAGCGCUUCACCAACAAGCCCUACUUGACUUCGCACCGGCGCAUCCACACCGGCGAAAAACCUUACCCUUGCACUGAGUGCGGCCGCCGCUUCCGUCACAAACCCAACCUGCUGUCCCACAGCAAGAUCCACAAGCGGUCGGAGGGAUCUGCUCAGGCAGCUGCAGGUGCUGGAACCACCCAGCUUCCAGCUGGGCCCCUGGAGCCGCCCGCGGAGGCUCUUCUGAAGGCAGCUCAGGGGCCAGCCCCGGAGUCCGCGGGGGAGUCGUUCGCAGAACCCCCGCAGCACCAGCCUGAGACCCCCGCCUUGCUCUACAGCUGCGAUGACUGCGGCAGGAGCUUCCGGCUCGAGCGUUUCCUGCGAGCGCAUCAGCGCCAGCACACCGGGGAGCGGCCCUUCACCUGCACCGAGUGCGGCAAGAACUUCGGCAAGAAGACUCACUUGGUGGCGCACUCCCGGGUCCACACUGGCGAGCGGCCCUUUGUCUGCGAAGAGUGUGGGCGCCGCUUCUCCCAGGGCAGCCACCUGGCCGCCCACCGGCGCGACCACGCCCCCGAAAGGCCUUUCGUCUGCCCCGACUGCGGCAAGGCUUUCCGCCACAAGCCCUACCUGGCAGCCCACCGGCGGAUCCACACCGGCGAGAAGCCCUAUGUCUGCCCCGACUGCGGCAAAGCCUUCAGCCAGAAGUCCAACCUGGUGUCCCACCGGCGCAUCCACACCGGGGAGCGGCCCUACGCCUGCCCCGACUGUGAGCGCAGCUUUAGCCAGAAGUCCAACCUCAUCACCCACCGCAGGAGCCACAUCCGGGACGGCGCCUUCUGCUGCGCCAUCUGCGGCCAGACCUUCGACGACGAGGAGAGACUCCUGACCCACCAGAAGAAGCACGACGUGUGAAGGGGCAGAGGUGCGGGUGUCACAGCGUCUGGUGGAGAGCAGAGGCACAGUAGUUUCCUUAGCGCUGGUUUGGGGGCAACCCUCUGGGGACAGGAAGCCAGUGAGCGCGGCGCAGGUAGGGAGUUCCACACCCUGCCCCCUUCCUGCCCCCAGCAGCCAGGGCAUGCUUGUGUUGGCUCAUGUUGGAGCCUGACCGGCCUGUCCUCUGCGCGAGUAGCAAUAGAAGCUUCGGCUACCCCUUAGAGCCCAGCGGUGUAGGGGAUCCUCCCCGCGCAGAGAGGGCAGCCCUCGCCACCCGCUUCCCAGUGCUCACGCCUUAAUGCCCCUGUCUUCUCCUAGGAAUUACUCCAGUUUUUGCAAGUACGUAAAAGAACACUGAGUAUGCCUUGGAGAACCUGCUGGCCCUGUGAGGCAAUGUCUGGGCUCCCCCCAGCAGUCCAGGGGAAGCCAAGCUGCUCUUCCCCCUCCUCGUCUCCCCCUGCCCUCGCCUAGGCUCCCCGACCUGGGCAGGCCUCAUUAGGUUAGUCCGUCCUCUUCCUGUGCAAAGAUCAACACCCACUCUCUCCCCUUGGGGGAGGCAUUUUCUCUCCCAGCUGUCCACCAUCCUUCAGCGAUUACAGGCCUCCCCAACUUUCUGGCUGAACACCACAUCCCCUCCUGAAGCUCAACGUGCUGUGGAUGACAAGGGUGAUGUGAGGUGAAAGCUGGUCAGCCCGGGGGAAGACACUGGAUGCCCAGCCUCUGCUUGGGCAGUCAAGUGACAGGGAGUCCCUCCACAUCCUAAGAACCUGGUUCUGUUGUAGGGUGUUUCCAGUUCUUAGAAAAUCUUUUCAUGAAUGAAGUCUGCUUUCCUAUGAUUUCUACUCUGUCAGGCCUGGUUCUGUUCUCGGAAAGAAAACAGAUCGACCAUUUAUCCCUCUUUUCAAACUAGAGAAUAAAAAUUUGGUUUUAGAA